AUGAAGCUAUCACUGGGUGUUUUGUUAAUUGAAUACAUAAGCAACAAAUAUUCAAUUAAUCGGCGAAAAUGCUAUCAAAUACUGGUAUUGAUUGUGACAUUUAUGAUUUACUGUGUGUCACAUUUGGCCCGACGGCCACUAUCGGUAGUGAAGGCACAGUUACAUAAAGAUAACUGUACCAAACAUAUCAGUGAUGAUGGACAUCGCCAUCCAGACAGUUGGUAUGAGGAGCACCCAUAUUGGUGCGAUUGGUCUCCAUUUGACAAUAAUAAUGCUGAAGUAUUGCUCGGGUGGUUGGAUACCAGUUUUCUUAUAUCAUAUGCUGUGUGUAUGUUUGUGGCCGGUUAUGUUGCCGAAAGACUAAAUUUGAGAUUAUUUCUGACCGCUUGUCUCUUACUUUGUGGUGUUUUCUCGAUAAUGGCUGGACUUCCCUAUUCAUUAAAUAUUCACUAUUUAUGGUAUUUUAUUAUUAUUCAAGUGUUUACCGGUAUUGUACAGACCGGUCCUUGGCCUGCGGUAGUCACGGCUGUCAGCAAUUGGUAUCACAACGAGAAAAAGGGAUUAUUGUUUGGUGUUUGGGGAUUUCAUACUACAUUAGGCAAUAUAUUGGGUGCACUCGUUGCUGAUCCUAAUUAUGUUGAACUUCCGGUAAUUAACUUUAAGGACUCAGCCAAUGAUGAGGAAAAUGAUAGAAAUGAUGACAAAAAUACUGCCAUAUCUUUUAUCGGUGCUCUUAAGAUACCUGGUGUCAUAGAGUAUUCAAUUUGUCUAUUUUUCUCCAAACUGGUUACCUAUACAUUCAUGUUUUGGUUACCACUUUAUAUAAGCAAUUCAAUUAAAGUAUCUCCAUCUGAGUCCGCAUAUCUGUCCAUAUCAUUUGACAUCGGCGGUACUUUUGGUGCUAUUUUGGCCGGUUAUUUGGCCGAUAUUACCAAUGCCAGUGCCAUCACUUGUAAUGUAUUUUUUAUACUCACGAUACCAUCGUUAUUGGCCUAUUAUGAAUGGGGUCCAUUAUCAAUGGUAUCCCAUCAAUGUUUACAAUUUAUUGCCGGUUUCUUUGUCAACGGACCUUACAAUUUGAUUACAACUGCCGUAUCGGCCGAUCUGGCCAUAAGAGUCAAAUCAAAGACAGCAUUGGCCACUGUGUCAGCCAUUAUAGAUGGUAUGGGGUCUAUAGGUGCUGCUGUAGGUCCAGCAAUGGCCGGUUAUGUUGAAGGCUACGGUUGGCGUAAUGUGUUUUAUAUGUUGAAUAGCUUAACGGCGUCUAAGUGUGUCUAUAGAGGCACAUGUGGUCAUAAUAGCUGGGGGUUUCCGAUUCCAUGUGUUGUCAAAGAUGUCGAACCGAAACAAUUAACUGAUAAAAAAAUUGAAAAUCAAUUGAAACUAUUGGUUCCCGAUUUGUUUGACGUGAAAGAUCCAGUUGUCUGUUGUAGUGACGAAGGAGCGGCUGCACUGAUCAAUGAUCAGUUAAAAAAGGCCGAACCAUUCAUUAAAGGCUGUCCCUCUUGUUAUGUCAACUUUGUGCGAGUGAUGGUUCAUAUGUCAUGCAAUCCCAAUCACCGCCAGUUUGUCGAAGUAGCCGAAAGCGAACCGUCAACAGAUGAACCCACGAAAGAUAUGGUCAAAUCAUUGAAUUAUUAUUUGACGCCCAGAUUUGCAAACACAGUGUUUGACUCGUGUGUCAACGUCCAUAUGCCGGGUGGUAUGGCAAUGGAUGUUUUAUGUACCGCCAAAAAGUCGUCCACUGUUUGUUCGGCUCGUUAUUUUUUUGACACAAUGGGUACAAGUCCUCCCUCUCCUUUUCACAUCAAUUUUAUCUUCGAUGGCGUCAAUAAAUCAGGAAUUACACCAAACGACGCGCCAUUGUUCAAGUGUAGCGAAGCUCCCAAACCGUUCUCAAACCGCACCUGUAGUUUUCUUGACUGUCCCACAAAACCUCCUAAAAACACAUACCCACCCCCAGAAACACAAUGGCUUGUCUGGGAGAUCGAUGGCAUAUGGGUUUGCGUUGCUUUCAUUUAUUACAUCUCUCUUAUUGUUAUAUUUGGCAUUUCAUUCAUUAAUUUUUAUAACCAUUUGCGUAAAGUAUCAGAUAGACUUAGAUUCAACAAUGAGACACAAAAAACAACAAAAUUGAAAAUUUUUAGCAAAAUUUCACAAUCAUUACAUAAUUCUGGUCUUAAGUUUGAUGAAUUCAUUGGUAAAGGAUUUAAAAGUUAUGGAACAAUAUGUUGUCAAAAGCCAUAUGUGUUUGUCUUACCAGUGCUGGGCGUUAUUAUAGCUAUAGGUUUAUCAAUUGGUAUGUUAACCCAUUUUGUCGCAAUGACAGAUCCAGUUGACCUAUGGUCAGCACCUGGAAGUAGAGCCCGAUUAGAAAAGGAGUUUUUUGACAAACAUUUCAAUCCUUAUUAUCGAAUAAAUCAAGUAAUAAUUCGACCGAAAAAUGGCACAACAGUUCUUCACAUGGAUUUGUCUGAUCCAACAAAUAUAACUACUAUAAGAUAUGGACCGGCAUUUGAUAAACUAUUUUUGUUAAAAGUGCUACAAUUGGAGCAAAACAUAAUGAAUAUAACCGUCAAAGUGGGUAAAAAAACAGUCGAUAUUACACAACUAUGUUUUGCACCCAUGAAUAAUGGUAUCUGUGCUCUGCAGACACCAUUGGGUUGGUUUCAGAGUAAAAUCGAAAAUGUUAAUAGAAUUAUAGAUAACAAGAAUUAUUUGGAUCAUAUGACAAAAUGUAUGUCUAAUAACUAUCUUCAAAAAGACACAGAUUUUGACUUGAGUUGUGCCGGCAAUUUUGGUGGACCCAUGUUGUCUAAUGUAGUACUUGUCGACUAUGAUGGCACCGACUAUACCACUGCCAGAGGUGUAUCACUGUCUCUGUUGCUAAACAAUUAUGAAGAUAGUCUAUACCGUAGUCAAGCACUGGACUGGGAGAAAGAGUAUCUCGAUUUGCUUCAUAAUUAUGAUGAUCCAGAUCUACAUAUAGUAUAUUAUUCUGAGAGGUCUCUUGAAGACGAGUUGGACAGACAAAGCAAAUCAAGUUUAAUAACAAUUGUCAUCAGUUAUGCCGUUAUGUUUGUCUAUAUUUCUAUAUCGUUGGGUCGGUUCACUACAAUUAAGAGACUAUUUAUUGACUCAAAAAUCGUAUUAGGAUUGUGUGGAGUAGUUAUUGUAUUGUUAUCAGUAACCGCUUCAAUAGGUUUGUUAAGUUUUUGUGGAGUUAAGUCAACGCUUAUCAUUGUUGAAGUCAUACCGUUCUUGGUAUUGGCUGUCGGUGUGGACAACAUAUUUAUUUUGGUCCAAAGUUUUCAGCGCCAGAAGUUUGCCAAAGAGGUGCCGAUGACUGAGCGUAUCGGUACAGUAAUGCAAAGUAUUGCGCCGUCAAUAUUGUUGGCCACUAUAGCAGAGUCGUCGUGUUUUUUCUUUGGUGCGCUCACACCGAUGCCAGCCGUCCGAGUGUUUGCACUGAACGCCGGUCUCGCACUUUUCAUGGCUUUUAUACUGCAAAUGAUUGUCUUUAUACCACUUCUAGUACUCGACACUCACAGACAAUUGGAUAACAGAUACGAAUUGUUUUGUUGUUUCAAACAAUCAAAAAAUACAAAUGAAGAUAAUUAUGACAAAAUAGGAUUUCUUUAUCGAUUUUUUGAGCGAAUAUAUGCGCCAUUCCUUAUGAAAACAUAUACCAGAGUAUCUGUUUUAAUUGUGUUUAUCAGUUGGUUGUUUACAUCUAUAGCUGUCAUCAGCCGUAUUGACGUCGGCCUCAGUCAGACACUAUCAGUUCCAUCAGAUUCAUAUGUUUUACCAUAUUUUGAGUCACAGAUAAAUGAUCUACGAGUGGGUCCUCCUCUCUAUUUUGUGGUCAAAUCUAACUACGAUUACGCCCAAAAACAACCACUAUUUUGUAGCGGUUCCGGAUGCGCUAACAACUCAUUGAUGACUAUAAUGGAUGGCGCAUCCAAAUAUCCUAACCAGUCAUAUAUAUCAGAUAUGGGUGUAACCAAUUGGGUCCAGGACUACAUGAGUUGGGCGAGUAAUGAUAAAUGUUGUCAUCUUUUUAAAGAUAAUCAAUCACAAUUUUGUGAUUCAAAAACGUUUGAUCAUAAUAAGACUAAAUGUACCCCGUGCAAUUUAACAAUGUAUGAUCAAAACAUCGAUAUUGUUAACAAAAAUAUGUAUUACGAUAAAUAUCUGAAAUUUUUUCUCAAUGAUAUACCAAAUGCUGAUUGUCCUGUCGGUGGUGGACCAAGAUAUUCGUCGGCAUUAAAACUUGAUUAUAGCAAUAAAAAUGAUAUUCCUGUUAAAGCCUCCUAUUUUAAUACAUAUCAUACAGUUUUGCGGACAUCGCAUGACUUUAUAUCAGCUUUGAGGACAUCACGAGCUUUAGCUGAGAGUUUAACCGAUGCUAUCAAUGCUGAAAACAAGAACAACGAGACACACGUUGAAGUAUUUCCUUAUAGUAUAUUUCAUGUGUUUUUUGAACAAUAUUUGGACAGUUGGAGAGACACUGUUAUCAAUUUGGUGAUCACAAGUUCCGUCAUAUUUGUGGUCACUUUCAUAUUCUUGGGUUUUGAUUUGAUUUCGUCACUUAUCAUAAUUGUCACCAUCGAGUGUAUUGUUAUUAAUCUAAUGGGACUAAUGUUUUGGUGGAAUGUAUCACUCAAUGCAAUAUCAUUGGUCAACCUUGUAAUGUCAGUGGGAAUAUCCGUAGAAUUUUGUUCGCAUAUAACCCGUGCAUAUGUUAAGAGCGAAGGCCUGACACGUGUCGAGAGAGCCCAGGAUUCGUUGGCAAGGAUUGGGUCAUCAGUAUUGUCGGGCAUAACAUUCACAAAAUUUUGGGGUAUAAUAGUAUUGGGUUUCGCCUCAUCCAAGAUAUUCCAGAUUUUCUAUUUCCGUAUGUAUUUGGGUAUUGUAUUGAUUGGUGCACUCCAUGGACUCGUGUUUUUACCUGUUAUACUGAGUCUUAUUGGAUCUAAUAGAUAA